ACAUAAUUUGUCCAUGUCUAGCUUAAGAGGUCAAGGAUAUGAUGGUGCCUCUAAUAUGCGUGGGGAGCUACAUGGUUUAAAAACAUUGGUAUUGGCCGACAACCCUUAUGCUUUUUAUGUGCAUUGUUUUGCCCACCAACUACAAUUGGUGGUUGUGGCGGUUGUGAAAGGGGUUCUUCCGGUUGGUCAGUUCUUUGGUUACUUAAACAAGAUUGUUAGUAUGGUGAGUGCCUCUUGUAGGAAAAAGGAUGCAUUGUUGCAAUUGCAGCAUGACCGUUUGGUAGCACAGCUAGAGAGUGGGGAGAUCUCAUCGGGAAGAGGCCAAAAUCAAGAGACAAGUUUAACAAGACCAGGUGAUACUCGUUGGGGAUCACACCAUAAAACUCUAGUUCGGAUUCAAGUAAUGUGGGAUGAUGUGGUUAAAGCACUAUGCAGUGUUUCUCAUGAUGGGACAGAUGCCGAGGAGAAAGGUGUGGCUUCAGGUUAUAUCAUAUACAUGGAAACCUUUGAAUUUGUUAUUAUCUUGCAUUUGAUGAUUCGAUUGCUUGGUAUAACAAAUGGUUUGUCAAAUGCAUUGCAAGCCAAGGAUCAGAACAUAGUGAGUGCUAUGAAUAUGAUUGUCUCAGUGAAAAGUGCAUUGCAAAAAUUGAGAGAUGAUGGAUGGGAGCCUCUAUUGCUUGCUGUUACUAACUUUUGUGGUGCACGCAACAUUAUGGUACCGAAUAUGGAUGAUAACAUUGCAGCUAGGGGUUACCCAAGGAGCUCACGCAAGAUGGUUACUUGCUUGCAUCAUUACAAGGUACAAAUCUUUAUUGAGGUGCUUGACAAAAACAUAGUUGAGAUGAAUCACAUAUUUUCUGAAACUUCUACACGCCUAUUAUUGUGCACUUCAUGCCUUGAUCCUAGAGACUCAUUCAACAGUUUUGACAAUGAUAUGCUAGUUGAGCUUGCUACCAUAUACUCUGCUGAUUUCUCUUCACAUGAUUGUUGUCUAUUGGUUGAUGAACUAAACAUAUAUGUUGAUGUCAUGAAGAGAACUCCUGAGUUCAGUGCUUGUGAUAGUUUGAGUGAUCUUGCUCUUAAGUUGGUUCAGAAAAGAUAUCAUUUGAUAUUUCCAUUGGUCUACCGCCUUAUUACACUAGCUUUGACAUUGCCUGUGGCAACAGCAUUAGUAGAGAGGGUUUUCUCGGCCAUGAAGAUUAUAAAAUCAGAUCUUCGAAACAAGAUAGGGGAUGAUUGGCUCAAUGAUUUGAUGAUUUGCUAUGUUGAGAAAGAGAUAUUUGCACAAAUUGAUGACAAGAAGAUUAUGCUUCGUUUUCAUGCCUACAGUAACCGUAGAGGUCAUCAUCCUCGUGGAUUUCGACUUCCUAGCAUGGAUUCAACUUAAUGGUAUGGUAAUAUCUCCUCAAAAUGUAGCACUUUUGUAUAUGGUUCUUGUUUUUUAGUCAGUUUGUACUUCUACUCGGUGAAAUAUGAUCAAUGCAUCAGUUUAGACCAUUUUUUGUUGAUUACAUGUGAUUUUUUGCUCCAAAAUAAUUUAGUGCUUAUUUGUUCGACCCGGCUCAAUUCAAAU